UUGCGGAGGAGGCGAUAACCAUGUUCAAUUGAAAAAAUGGCGGGACUACGAGUUGAGUUUGACAGGAAACAUUAGAAAUAACUUAUUUUCUUACUAAUUAUUGUCAUCUCUACACAUUUCAAGCAGUUCAAGAAACCUUUCGAAUCUUGGGAUGAAUCUGUUACUGAGUGGUACGCGGUGAAGGAAGAGGGAAAAUAUGAGCGUGUUCCAAGGAAAGCUACAUGGCUACCCGCUGAUUUCCGUGGACAAUUUCACCAAAGAAACAUUCAGCUGUACUGCUUUUUUCCUCUCACAUUGUCACACAGAUCAUAUGGAUGGCCUGGUUUCUGAAGCCUUUCUUGACUUUCUACAAUCAAAAAAGAAAAUCCACCUGUAUUGUUCAGAGACAACUAAAAAUCUAUUGCAAAGUGAUUCAAAUUUGAGGAUUCUAUGCCCCCAUGUGGAAGGGAUUCCAAUCAGUCAACCCACCAUGAUUGACAUCCCCCAGAGAGAUAUGAGCAAUUCAGAUUCAGUCCUUGUAACACUUAUUCCAGCUGGACAUUGUGUUGGAUCAGUCAUGUUUCUUUUUGAGGGUCAGAAAGGAGCAGUGUUGUACACCGGUGAUUUCAGAAUGAAGAAAGGAGAUAUAAAAAGAAUCGAAUGUUUGCAGACCAACAAAAUCGUGAAAAAGAUAUCAGAGCUCUACAUAGAUACAACAUUUUGCACUCCUUCGAUUCAGUGGCUGCCAUCACGAGAAGAGAGCAAAGAAUCUAUAAUCAGUCUGAUGAAGAGUUGGCUAAAAAAUGGAGACAACAAGGCAGUUUUUAUCCAAUGUAGUGCAAAAUAUGGUUACGAAUAUAUCUUGAAAGAAAUUGCAAUCGCGUUCAACACAAAGAUUCAUGUUGAUGGUCCUAAAUUCGAUUUGUACACCGCUAUUCCUGGGAUGAGUGACUUUGUCACAUCGUUUGGGGAAGAGACCAAAAUUCAUUCUUGUCAUUGGAAGAAUUAUUGCACCCAGUCAUGUUUUCCAUGUGGAGUCUCGCGAAUUCGAGAAAAGCCGUUAAAAAUCCUGAAGAUUAAACCCUCUACCUUGUGGGUUUUCAAGAAGAAGGUGGUUCCAAAUGACAAUAUCAUAUAUGAUGAAAAACUUGGUGUUCACAGAGUUGUACAUUCCAUGCAUUCUUCUUUUGAGGAGAUAUGUGACAUCGUUUCAUAUCUUCAACCAAGCUAUUUGUAUCCAACUGUGGUUCCGGUGGAUGCUGAUGACAUCGUUGAAGCCUAUGAACGCUUGAAGCACUUGUUUGUUGAUGAUGAAAAAGAAUGUAUGGAAGGCAGUGCAAGUUCGAAAGAUGAAAUCGAACGAACCGAAGGGGCCAGCUUUGAUAUUCCAUGGCACAGCAAAGUAUCACCCAAAAAAGCGUGGCUUUGUGAGAACGAACUGAAAAUACAUGAUGAAUUCCACUCGAUGCCAUGUGUGACGUCAGCUAAGCGAAAGAGAAAACUACAACCUUCGAAUGGGCUCCCUGUCAGUAGUUCGAAUGGCAAUGAGGGUCUUCCCAAAUGUGAUUGAAAAUAGAAUUUACGUUCGCCAAAGAAUUUUAAAGCAGAUAAAGAAGAAAAGAAAUUCGUUGGCUUCAACGGAAGACCAAAGCAGUGAGAUCAGGCUGAAAAAGGUUUAAAAACAAGAAGACAAAACGAGACGUCCAGCAUGACGAGUUGUUUGGUAACGAAUGCGCAGCAUUUUUCAACUUCAGUGAAGGGUUCGUCGCGUGGAAAGGAUUGGUUUUAUCGUAGAAGAUAGUGAAUGACUGUUUGUAGCACUCCUUCAAUUCUUCAUUUAGCUGAAGAAGAGAUGUACUCGUCUCAGAGUGUUCUCAUCAAUUAGUUUAAAGAAUAUGGUAUAGUCGAACUUGUUCAUGUCUUAGUCACUAAAUAACCAGCAUUGUAUAGUAAUAUAAAUCUGUAAAACUAUGUAGAUGAAAAUCUACUUGUAUCAAACAUGGUUUAGUCUAAUCUAUAUUUCAUUGGAAUGUUGAUUACCACGUUGGAUUGUCAUUUUUGGAAUUAAACUCACGUUUUUCAUUUUCAUCCUCAAACUGAAG